ACUCCCUUAUUCUCCCCUCAUUGUAAAUCUUCUUUAGCGAGUAAAUAAUCCUUCUUUCUUUCCAUCUUUUACUAUUUUCCUAACCGUGCAACAUGUCCGGCUACACAGAGGAAUACAUCCGGCAGAAGCUGGUCGACAAACUGGAAGCAACACACGUGGAAGUGGUCGAUGAAUCAGAUGGUUGUGGUGGCAAAUUUCGUGUCGUAGUCGUUUCCUCCCAGUUUCAAGGCAAACCACUACUUCAACGACACAGGCUCGUUAACGCUGCACUGGAAGAGGAACUGAAAACGAUUCACGCUUUCUCACAAAAAACCUACACCCCGGAACAGUGGGCCGGUGAAACUGGUCCUUAGAAUAGGUGUUCCCUUUUGUUAUAUUUGAACCAU